GUAUAUAAGUUGCAAUCAUAUUUCCCUCAUCGUCCUUCUUCAACUAUUCAUCUCUCCUUUCCAUCUCCAUCAUCACAUCUAAUGGAGUAAUCUAAACAAAAUUACUACCAAAAAUGAAUGAAGUAAUUUUUCCCGCAACAUCAUCAUUUUCUACACCAGCCUUAAUUUCUCAAGAAAAUCAGCCAUCAACUCUUCAACAGAAGCUUAAAUAUAUUCUCAAUAGUCAAACAGAUUCUUGGGCUUACACCAUUUUCUGGCAAACUUCCAAUGAAGAUAACAAUGGGAGCCUCCUCUUAACUUGGGGCGAUGGCCAUUUUCAGGGGACCAAUAAAGACAUAGAAUGGUUCUACGUGUUGUCACUGGCUCAGUCUUAUUCUGUUAAUGAAGGGGUUAUAGGAAAAGUUUUUAGUACUGCUACUUUUGUGUGGCUAACAGGGGCACAACAAGUUCAGUUUUGUAGCUGCGAAAGGGCUAAAGAAGCUCAGAACAAUGGCGUUAAAACUCUAGUUUAUGUUUCAAUUUCAAAUGGGGUGCUCGAAUUGGGCUCGAGUGAUAUAAUCAAAGAGGAUUGGAGCUUGGUUCAACAAGUCAAGUCUCUGUUUUCUUCAGAUCAAGAAAAUGGUCCAAUUUAUAACUUUCUUGAUCAAAAUACCAUUUAUUUUGCUAAUAUUGAUCUUGUCACCGGCUUGCAAGAAGAUGGUCAAGAAUCAGAGAACAACAGUAACAAAAAUCAGGAAUCAAAGCUGAAGAAAUUCGAAGAGGUAGCCACAACAAGCCAUGUUUCAUUUCCAGAUUCCGAGCUAUCGGCUUCAGAUUGUCAAUUAUUAGAACAUCCGGUGCAGAAAAGCAGAGUUGGAUCUAAGAAAAGGACCUACAAGAAAAGGGGAAGAAAGCCAGGAGAAGAUUGCGACAAGCAAAUGAACCACGUAGAGGUGGAGAGGCAGAGGAGGGAGAAACUCAACCACCGAUUCUACGCGUUGCGCUCGGUGGUUCCGCAGGUUACAAGAAUGGACAAAGCCUCAUUGCUAUCAGACGCUGUGGCCUAUAUCAAUGAACUCAAAGCCAAAGUGGAUAAAUUGGAGUCAAAACUUCAUAGAAACUUGGAGCUCAAGAAGAAACUGCAAAUGGAAUCCAAUGAUGCUGUGGACAACCAAAGCUCUACCAAUUCGGUUGAUCAUACAUUGGAGGUUGAAGUGAAGAUGGUGGGUCCAAAUGCCAUGAUUAGAGUUCAAUCAGAAAAUGUGAAUUACCCAUCAACAAGAUUGAUGUGUGCACUUCAAGAUCUUGAACUUCAUGUCCACCAUGCCAGCAUCUCAAGUGUCAACAACAUUUUGCUUCAAAAUAUAGUGAUUAGAGUUCCUAAGGAGUUGAAAACUGAAGAUGGAUUAAGAGCUGCUCUUCUUAGAAGCUUAGAGCAAAUAGAGGCCUGUUGAUAUAUAAUUGCCUUAUCUUGUCGUUUAGUUUUGAGCAUGUACAUAUUUCUUUUGCCUUUUCUUCCUUUUUAAAUCUUCUUCUAGCUAUUAACUAAUAUCCGUAUGUAUCCAUUACCCUAUUUCUUUUCAAUAACGCUGUGAGCCUGUGACUAUGUUUUA